AUGGGCUUCACACCAUCGAUAUCAGAUACCUCGCCUUUCACCUUACAUAACAUCCCCUUUGGAGUAAUAUCGACUGGGGAAGACGCAACCCCAAGGUGUGCCACGGCGGUCGGUGACCAUGCCAUAGAUCUAUAUGGCUUGUGUCACCGUGGGUUCUUCGCGGAUAGUAGCGUGACGCGGGCUCUUUCACAGACGUCCUUGAACGCUUUUGCCGAGUUGCCCGCAUCGGUGAGAACGGCAACCCGGGAAUGUAUCAUCACGGCAUGCAAGGAUGAAUCUAUUCCUCCUGCUUGUGUGCACGAAUUGUCCACAGUCCAGAUGCACCUGCCAAUGCACAUUCAUGAGUUUACCGACUUUCUGUGCUCUCUUGAGCAUUGCCAAAAUUGUGUCAACAUGAUCGGGGGCGAAAUGCCACUAAACUUCUACGACAUUCCACUUGCCUACAAUGGCAGAGCUUCAAGCGUCGUGCCUUCACCAUCUGUCUUUCGACGCCCUCGAGGUGUGUUCUACAGCCAACAACCAACAGAUGGAGCAAGGCGGGCCGAGUACGGUGUCUCAAAGAUGAUUGACUUUGAGCUGGAGAUGGCUUACCUCGUGUCCAAAACAGUUCCACAUGGGCAGACAAUAGACAUCAAUAAUGCGGCGGACUACAUCUUUGGCUUUGUCCUGUUGAACGACUGGUCGAGCCGAGAUAUACAAGCUCAUGAGAUGCGCCCGACGGGGGCGUUCAAUUCCAAGUCUUUUGGCACCACGAUAUCCUCUUGGGUCACGACACUGGAUGCACUCAGUCCGUUCCGUUGCAAGCCAAGGUCACGCCCAGAUCCGUUCGAGUACCUGCGCUACGCAGACCUGGAAAAGGGCACUUUCGAUAUCAAACUGGCGGUUCAUCUCGAAAGAGAGGGGGGAAAAUACCAGCUGGGUCUAAGCAACCUCUCAUACCUAUAUUGGACGCCAUUCCAGCAGAUCACACAGCACGCGUCCGCUGGUUGCGGAUUCAGGUCGGGAGACCUCAUUGCUACAGGCACCGUGUCUGGAGGCGGCAAAAAUAUGGCAGGAAACAGAGUCGAGCUUGGAAGCUUGCUGGAAGCGACGGAGAUGGGUACGCGAACUGUAAAACUGGAGGAUGGCGUCGAAUUGGGCUACCUGGCGGACAAAGACUAUGUGACUUUGUCCGCUUGGUGUGAAGACGGCAGUGGACGUCGAGUCUUUGGCCUCGGCGAGUGUCGUGGACAGAUUGUAGGCCCUGAUGAUUGA